AAGCUGUGUUAGAACCAGAAAGAAUUGGGAAGAGCAUCAAAAGCCAUCAGGAGACUUUGGCAAAAGCCUCUGUCAGGAGGCAGAUCUGUAAUGCUCGGAUUAUCUGCCUUAGCGAGAACUCAAAAAGUGUCUUCAGCAAACAGCCGGAGAAGGAAGAGCGUCAGGCUGUUCCUGGCCUGGCCCACUGUACUAAAGAUGGGCCGUCGAGCCCGCCAAGACCUCUUUGCAGAUGAAAACCUCAGCAGGAAGAAUUCCCCGUCUGCUUCUCUUGGAGAGGAUGAAGACUCUCAGGAAAAGGUUGACCAUGUUCCACCACCUAAACCCCCACGACGGCAAGGAGGCUGGGCAGAUGAUCCUGUAUUGGCACCUACCAAGUCAGGAAGAAAGCAUGCAGAAGAAGUGGAAGACCAUCGUCUCAGACAGCAGAGCCUGGAGGCAUCAGAUGAUGGAGGAGACAUUCCUGUGAUCCCUGACUUGGAGGAUGUCCAGGAGGAAGAUCUGGCCAUGCAAGUGGCAGCUCCCCCCAGUGUGCAGGUGAACCGAGUGCUGACCUACCAUGACCUGGACAAAGAUCUGAGGAAAUACGCUGCCUUUCAGACUCUGGAUGGCGAGGUAGAUCUGAAGCUUCUCACCAAAGUUUUGGCUCCAGAGCAUGAACUACGAGAGACAUUACCAAUGGAUGAACUGGUGCAUGACUUGGCCUCGGCUUUAGAGCAGACUUCAGAACAAAACAAACUGGAUGAACUAUGGGAAGAGAUGGCACUAAGCCCACGGCAGCAGCGUCGUCAACUUCGCAAGAGACGGGGUCGUAAACGACGCUCAGACUUCACACAUCAGGCAGAGCAUGCCUGCUGCUACAGUGAGGCCUCAGAGUCGAGCUUGGACGAAGCUGUCAAGGAUUGCCGUGAGGUGCUGACAGCUAAUUUCAGUGAUUCUGAUGACAUGGCAGUGGUCAAACGACACCCAACUCUAUGUGCCACCCUGAGGAGCAAACAACACUUGUGGCAUGAGUCAGACUCCUUUACAGAGAAUGCACCCUGUCGACCUCUCAGGCGCCGACGGAAAGUCAAACGUGUGACAUCAGAGGUGGCUGCCAGUCUCCAGCAAAAGCUUAGGGUGUCAGAGUGGAACUGCGAGAGGGGCUGCARGUUCAAGUCAGCCAAGAAACAGUGUCUUUCACGCUGGAAAGAAAAUGCCCCAUGGACAUCAUCCAGUCACAGCCAGUCAGGAGAGAACAGGCCCUUCCUCAGCAAAGCAGGAAGGAAGGAGCACAUGGAUUGUGAAGCUGAUGAUCAGAAACAGGGCUCAGAUGAAAAUAUGUCGGAAUGUGAAACCAGCAGUGUAUGCAGCAGCAGUGAUACUGGCCUGUUUACCAAUGAUGAAGGUCGCCAAGGAGAUGAUGAGCAAAGUGAUUGGUUUUAUGAAGGAGAAUGUGUUCCAGGAUUCACUGUCCCCAACCUUCUUCCUAAGUGGGGAACUGAUCACCGAUCUGAAGUGGAAAGGAUUGAUUCAGGCCUGGACAAGCUCUCAGUUUCGACCUUCCUUUUACCCUCACGGCCAGCUCAGAGAGGAUUUCAUGCUCGCCUGAAUCGUCUUCCAGGAGCUGCUGCCCGCUGUCUCCGUAAAGGUCGGAGGAGGCUAGUUGGCAAGGAGACCUCCAUGAGCACUCUGGGCACCGAGAGGCUAGGUCAUAUUGUUAGUGAUCCACGCCAGAAAGAAAAGAAUACAAUGCUGACUUCUGAUUUCCCACACACUGUGGCACAUGAGUUCAAUCCAUUAUCUCCUCUGUACUCUCUGGAUGUGCUUGCUGAUGCUUCCCACCGAAGAUGCUCACCAGCACACUGCACUGCCAGGCAAACAAAUGUCCACCUGGGACCACCAUGCUCAAGGGACAUCAAGAGGAAACGAAAGCCAACUGCAGCCUCCACAUCUAGCACAACAUCAGGAACUUUGUCUAUCCACAUGGAUGCAGCAGAAUCAGAGCUACCAGCAACACCAUCCUUGAGAUCUCAGAAUUCUGAGUGGACUGGGAAAACAUCAGCAGCUGAGAAAUCUACUAUUGAUUCUUCCAGUAACUUUUUUAAAAUGCCACCAGAGAAGAGCCCUGGAUACAGCUAAAAGGAAGAAAUGCAACUCUAAAAGCUUCUUUGAUUUUGGAAGUGUUUGAUUCUGGUGUGUGUCUGCACCAAACAUCUUGUUUGGCAGUAGUGCUGUCUUCAGUAUUUGGUGCGUGAUGCGUGCCAUCAUCCAGACUGGUCUGUGUGCCCUGCAUACCUAAGUCAUGUUUGUGAAUCURUGUUUAAGAGAAGGUAAUCAGUGUUGGAACCGCAGUGACUUUAAAAGAUUAUCUUGCUAUUUCUCUGUUUAUUAUGAAUUCAUCUCUUUCCCUGAUGCCAGCUCAUAUGUAAUGGGUCAUGUACAGGUUCUUUUGGGUUUUCAGAUCUUUAUUCACCCCCUGGACAUGUUGCUUUUUUGUGYAUUCAGCAUUUUUUUGGGGUGAGAGUCCCAGUGCCAUUUAGAGAAGCAGAAGCCUCCCCUUGCUUUCUUCCAUGCCAGAAGGAUUUCCUGGCUGGGGAAUGAGGAGGGAAUACUAACACAUGGAAAYGUGAAACCUGAAUUCUGUAUUAGCAGAAUGUUUUCAGGUCAUGUGCUAAUGAACUCGAAUCAUGUUUGCUUCUGCCAAAGCGAAUAUGGUGCUUGUCUACAUAGAAAUUGCCAUUAGCUCACUGGCAGCAUUGUCCAUUAGAUCUUUUCCUUCUCCCUUGUUCUUAAUCUCUUCAGUCUUUAUUGUGUAUUGCAUGUUCAUUCUUAAAUCUCCUCCUGGAUAAGGAUUUGGGAGAACUACUUGGACAUAAAUGUGCAAGCUGGUGUCCUGGAAAGUAACCUGGACCUUGAAUAUUGCAGUAUGGUAGAAGAUUAUACAAAACUUCGUAUCUCAGUGUAUAAAUUAAAAARCAUCUGUUAGUGUUUUUAAAAAGAUGCUUGCUGUUGAAGUUAACAUGCCAUUGAACAAAAAAGCCAUUUAAAGUGUCACCUGAGUUCAGAGCAUUAUCGGUAUAGAUCARACUCCUUCUGUAUCGUGCUUUCCCUCCCUUCAAAAGUAUUGUCUGCUAAACCUACUGGAGGUGUCUCCAUCUGCUGAUGAUUGCACRUGACACUGCAGUGUACACUAAAGAGAUUCUCUUCAUAGAACUUCCAGUUGGUCUGCUGUUACCAUCUGUGUUUCAACAAAAUAUAUGGAAAUGGAUUUCUUCCCUCUUUUUAAUUGCUCUGGAACUUAUCUUGGACUAUGUUUUCAGAAUAUGUACCUGUAUAGCAUGUGCCAAGGAACAGGUGGCCUCACAACUUCUUAAGUCCUUUAAAAUAGGAUCUGUUUGUAUGAAUUGAACUUUUUGCUUUCUUCAUUGUGUGGGGCUUUCUGAUAGGACCAUUUAAACUUGUAAAAUUUUUUUGAUUGUGGAGGUGCAUCAAGCACUACUAAGCAGAUAGCAAAAUUUGCAUGAUUUUAGUGGUUUUGYAGUGUUUUGCUUUCUUAUAAAUCAAAUGGCUGAGGGAGAGAUUUGAUUGGGAAAAUAUGAAACAGUGAUUUGUAUUAAGUCUGUUUUAAAAUGAAAUUGAAUGACUUGCUAAAUCAUGAUUGACAAGUAUAGUUUGUUAUAAUACAGACACGCUGUCUGUGUCUGAUCCCCUAAUACCUACUUAUUCUUGGGGCGACAUCCAAAUUGGAUUUAUAUUUUGCAGUCCAAGCAAACUGUCAAAUCUGUCACUAUAAAUCCUUCUCAAAAUAUUUUUAAUUUUUAUUUUGGGUGGUACAGUUUAGAACUAUUUAGAACAGGGAAAGCCUUUUUACCUUAAUGAAGGAAUACAGAGGUCCAUUUGGAUUACUGGGAAAGCUGUAAUAGUUUGUGGAGGAAGGAGUGUUCCUGUUUUAAAGUAGUCAUGAGUUUGUCUUAUUUGUAGCUGUUUUGAGCAAUGUUGCCUAAAGGGUAGCACAGGAAGUUCAGCACUGGAGGGCCUGUAAUCUAAAACAUGUGAAGAGAAGGUACACCUGAACAGUAGCAGCUUGACUAUGUAAUACUCAUGAAUACAGUGAAUGGGAAAGGUGGUCCACAUUCUCCUGACAAUUUUCAGAUAAAAUUUAGGAUUUGCAGCCUUGUAAUCUUAACAUGCUGCUCCAAUGAUAGGGAGUGGCUCCCUAAAGAGCAUUUGUGAAAUUGAGUGAUUUUGAUCUCAUGAAGUAUUCUCUACAAACUCUCUUGGUUUGAGUCUAUUCAACAGACUGACUCAGUUUUCUAAAAUUCUGCUAAAAUUUUAUAUUUUAGCCCUUGUAUUUCCCUUUUUAAAACAAAUUGUGAUGUAUUUUGCUGCAUUCUGAGUGUUGUCCAAAUUAUUUUUUUGUCUUCUGUGAUAUGUGGAUGCUGUAAAAACUUCUUGGAAAAGAUGUUAGGGAAUCAAGAGCCUUCAUCUCAUUGUGGUGGUGAAGGGGUGGGUUGCAAUGCUUAAUGUGAUUUUUCUCUGGGGGCAGGGAAAGGUAAUUGAUCAGAUUUUCCUAUUAAGGUCAGUAGCAUUGUUAUCCGGUUAAACCCUUACUUAGGUUGUAAGCUCCUAGGAGGUAUUUCUUGUCUUUAAAUGCUGAUUGUACCCAUGGCAGCACUGAGGAGUAACUGUGGCAGGUCUUGUCUUGACAAGCCGUACUUCCUGCCAUGGCAGCUUUCUGGAAGUUCCAGAAGACUCCAAUUAUUGCAGGUGCCAUGUCUUUCCUACUUCUAGGUUAGAAUCCAUUUACAAGUCAGAUUCUCAACCAAAUUUGAUUCUCCUGAGUGGUAGGCAAGCUAAAUGAAUCAUGUAUCUUGUUACUCCAAGGUAUUUAUCAAAAUAUAUCUUCAAACUUGAUGUGGAUUUCAAUAUCUGCAGCWUUCUUGGAUGAAUAAACUAAGUCCAUUGUUUUGCCUCUUUUUUUUGCUGAGGCAAAUUUCAUAGAAUUCACUCUGCUCACAAAGUACUCAAUGUGAAAGAUACUGCUUCACAUGUGGUUUACUUGAGUAGAAAGGAAUAACAUGCCUUGAUCUGGCAGCUGUGCUUCUGUGAAGAUGGUCCAGUUUGGGAUUAUUGCUUCAAAGAUACAGAGCUCACUCAUAUUUCACUUGUCCACCAGGACGCCCCCGUCUUUUUUUUUUCAGUGUUUACUUCUCUCCAGKUGUCUUUCUCCUUGUCAUUAUGGGAGAUGUCAAUAUCCCAGAUGUGACCUGGGAAUACCAUACUGCUGUGACAAGCAAGUCCAGGAAAUUCCGGAAGUAUAUUGAAGAUAAUUUCUGGUCACAAGUACUCRGUGAGCCAACUAAGAAAGAUGCCCUCCUAAACCUGUUAUUUAUGAAUAAAAAUGACUUUUGAGAGAUAUGAUGGUAGGUGGCUGCUUUUGCCAUAGAAUCAUGAAAUGGGUAAUUUUAAAAUUUUUGGUGUUAUGAGGAAAAUGGUUAGCAAAGUGCUACCCUGGAUUUCAACAGAACUAACUUUAGGGAACUCAGUGAGCAAGUUACUAGUGUGCUCUUCCAUGAGUGCUGGUCAGUUUUUAAGAACCACCUUUUAGAAGUACACAGGCAUGUGAUCUCUCUGUGUUGAAUGACAAACAAGGCAUGCAGAAGACUAGCUUAACUGACCAGGGAACUCCUCUUGAAACUCAGGAAGAAAUUGUAUGAUCUCUGGAAGCGAAGUCAAGCUUCACAGAAAAAUUACAGAGCUGUAGUUCACAUAUGCAGGGAGAAGAUAUGAAAGACCRAAACUUAAUUAGAGUUGAAACUGGCCAGUGUUGUGUGUCAGACAAGCAAGGCUUUUUGAAGUACAUUAAUAGCAAGAGGAGGUCUAAGGAAAACAUUGGACUGAUUUUUGUUAUAGAUGAUCACCUGACAAAUGGGAGUGAAGAAAAAUUGGAGGCAUUCAGUGUUGUUUUUGCGUUGGUUUCUUGUAGUAGUUACAGACCUUGGGCUGCCACAUUCUCUGAUCUGGAGGACCGUUACUGUGGGAAUAGUGACUUCCUAUUUGUGUACAUAGAGAUUAUAGGGGACCAGUUGAAUGUUCGUAAGUCUGUGAGGCCAGGGGAGAUUUGUCCCAGAGUACUGAAGGAGCUGGUGGUUGUUGUAACAUGACCUCUCUMAAUCACCUACCAAAGGUAUUGGGAGUCUGGGAAGGUCCACGCUGACUAGAAGCUAGUCAGCAUUAUUCUAGUUUACAAGAAGUGCAUGAAGCAAGACCCAAGAAAACUUGUUAGUCUAGCCCCAGUACCUGGAAAAAUUAUAGAGGAAAUCAUACUGGGUGCUAGUGAAAGGCAUUUAAAAUCCUUUACAUCAUCGAAUCACAGAAUAACCUGACUUGGAAGGGACCUACAGGGAUCAGCAAGUCCACAAAGAAUGACUAGUGGGUGAUGUGGUGGUUGGCAGCUCUCAGGCAUAGUGACCAUGAAAUGUUAAGAGUUUUCAAUACUGGAUGAAGUAAGGAAGGGCACCAGCAGAACUUCCACCGUGGACUUCCAGUGGGCAAACUUUGGCCUUUUUAGGAGAGUGAUUGACAGAGUCCCUUGGGAGUCAGUCCUGAAGGGCAGAGGAGUUCAGGAAGGCUGGAUGUGCUUUAAAAAGGAAUUUGUAAGUAUUCAGGCACAAACUGUCRCCAUGUUUAGAAAGACAAGUACCUGGGGAAUAAAUAAACCAGUAUGGCUAAACAGAGAACUUAGGCUGGGACUUUUGGGGAAAAAAGAGAAUGUAUUAUCUCUGGAAGGAUGGCCAGAUAAAUUGGGAGGACUACAGCGAUGUCUCAAAGUCAUGUAAGGAGAAGAUUAAAAGGGCUAAAGCUCAACCAAAACUCGGUUUGGUGGCUACAUUAAAAAMAACAUAAAAUGUUUCAGUAAAUGAACUGGCCGCAAAAGGAGGAUCAAGGAGUGUCUCCAUCAUUUGAUGAAUGCAGGUGAUAGUGUAGUGAGAGGGGAUGAAGAAAAGGCAGAGGUACUUAAUGCUUUCUUUGCCUAAAGCUUCCAGAUACCCUGCCCCCAAAGGUGGAAGUUAGGGACCGGAAGUGGAGGGAAGCUCCCAUAAUCCAGGAGGAGAUGGUCAGCAUCUUGCUAUACCAGUUAGACAUUCACAAGUCUAUGGGCCGUGAUGGGAUCCACCCCAGAGUAUUGAGGGAUUAGUGAAAGAACUUCCCAAUACACUGUCAGUCACUUAACAGAAGUCCUGAUUAACUGGAGAAGUUCCAGCUGACUGAAAAUUAGGAAAUGCUUCCUAGAAAAACCAGCUGCUCACAGCUUGGAUGGAUGGAUGGAUGGAUGGAUGGAUGGAUGGAUGGAUGGAUGGAUGGAUGGAUGGAUGGAUGGAUGGAUGGAUGGAUUCUUCAGUGGGUAAAGAAAUGGCUGGAUGGCCAAGCCCAGAGAAUUGUGGUAAAUGGAGCUAAGUCCAAUUGAUGACUAGUCAUCAGUGGGGUUCCCUAGGGUUCAAUUUUGGGGCCAUUCCUGUUUAAUAUCUUUAUUGUGGGUAUGGAUGUGAGGAUUGAGUGCACCCUCAGUACUCAGGGGUGAUCUCAUUUCUCUCUACAMCUGCCUGAAAGGAUGCUGUMGUGGAGUGGAGACCAGUCUCUUCUGCUGUGUCUAUAGUGAGAGGACCAGAGGAAAUAUCCUUAAGCUGAGGCAAGGGAGAUUAGAUUAGAUAUUAGACUUUUUUUUUUUUUUCCACUGUUAGGGUAGUUAGGCAUUGGAGUGGGUUGUCCGGGGGGUUGAUGGAGUCACCAUCCCUGGAGGUGCUUAAGAGGCAUCUGGACCUGGCACUGGGUGAUACGGUUUAGGGGUUACAGUGGGAAAGCUGGGUUGCUGGCUGGACUGAAUGAUCCUAAAAUAUUUUGUCUAACCUUGAUGAUUCUAUGAACUCCUGACUAUGCAGAGGACAGCCCCAAGAAUCACGCCAUGUCCCUGAGAGCAUUGUCCAAACMCUUCUUGAGCUGUGUCUGGCAUGGUGCUGUGACCACUUCCCUGGGGAGCCUGCUCUAGUGUCCAACCACCCUCAGGAUGARAAACCUCUUCCUGAUAUCCAACAUAAACCUCCACUGACACAACUUCAGGCCAUUCUCUCGGGCCCUCUUACUGGUCACCAGAGAGGUCAGUGYCUGCUCUUCCUCUACCCCUCCUGAGGAAGUUGUAGACUGCAAUGAGGUCUCCCAUCUGUUGUCUCUUCCAGGCUGAACAGACCGAGUCUCCUCAGCUGCUCCUUAUUCACUUUCUACUCCAGACCCUUUACCAUCUUCUUAGCGCUCCUUUGGAUGUUCUUUAAUGGCUUUAUGCCCUUAUAUUGUGGUGCCCAAAACUGUACAGCGGACUCAAGGUGAGGUUGCACCAGUGCAGAGCAGAGCAGGACAGUCCCCUCCUUUGACUAGCUCAUGAUGUAAUUUUAAAACAGGGCAAACAAUAAACAGCAAGUUGGGGAAAGAGCUGGAAGGCAUGUCCUGUGGGAAUUGGUGAAGGAAUUUGGGUUUGUCUGGUUUGGAGAAAAGGAGACUGUUCUGUACAGGUUCCCGAGGUGGGGAGGAGAGAGAGGUGCUGGUCUCUUUGUGGUAUCUAAUCACAGAGCACAUGGGAAUGGUUCAGACCUAUGCCAAGAGAGAUUCAGCUUUGACAUUAGGAAACACUUCUAUACAGAGAGGGUGGAUCAACACGAGCAGGCUUCCUAGAGAGAUGGUCGAUGCCCCAAGCCUGUUGGGGUUUAAGAGACAUUUUGAUGCUGCCCUUUGUUUAACUUUUAUUCAGUUCUGAAAUGGUCAGUCUGUUGCACUAGUUAAUCAUUUUAGGUCCCUUCCAAUUGAACUAUUCAAUUUUAAUCAUUUAGUUCAUGAUGUUUCUGUCUUUUCAUUCCACCAAUCUGUCCAAAUCCCUCUUGAUGGUACCCCCAUGCUCCAGCAUAUCAGUGGCUCCCUUCCUCAACAUGCCAUUAUGUCUCAUCUUGCUCAGAAUAUGCUCUGACCACUGAUAAUCUCUGAACACUACCAAUCCCAGUAUUGUCUUCUGAGUCACUUUUCCAUAAGGGACCAUCAUGCAGAUUUCAAACCAUUGAUGGUUUAACCUGGCCAGCUGCUCUCUGAUCUUCCUUUCUAGGUGCCAUCCAGUCCAUACAUCCACUAUCUGGCUGUAAGGGUGUUAUGAGAGACUGCAUUAAGGGGCUUACUGAACUCAAUGUAUACAGCAUUCACUGCCCACUAUGCAUCCUCACWGCCUAUAUUUUCAUCAUAGAAGCUUGAUUUUCCAUCACUUAAUGUCUGCCUGUUGUUAGACACCUCUUUGUCCUUGGGUGCCUAGAAAWGGCUUCCAAAACUUGCUCCUUAAAGCUACAAGGGACUGAGGUAGGGCUGACAAGCCUGUCGCUCCACUGAUUCUCCUUCCUGUCUUUUUAGAAAGGUGAUGUAUAUAUACCCCUUCUUGUCACUGGGGACCUCAUGCAACUGCAGCAGUUUUUCAUAGAUGACAGAGACCAAUCUUAAAAUGACAUACUUUAGUGUACAGGGAGAAGAUGGACAUUCAGUGAAAGAAAAAUSAAGAGCUGAGAGAAGCACAUUUUCUAGUUGUUCUUUGCACAUUUCCAGUAGUUCCAGUGAGCUUUAUUCAGGCUUAAUGCCCAGACUGGUAGGAACUGGAGAAGACUGAAUUAAAAGAAUGUAGUUUCUGUCCUAAUGGAUUUGUGAUUUUAAGGUGCAGUAAAAAGUGAAGAAAGCAGCAAAACAGAGCUGGAGAGAAACUUGUUAGAGGCUGGGACUAGUGCUGUUGAAUGAUAGAUUAGCUUCAUGAUUGUGGUAUGCAGAGGUGUGUCUUGCCAGCAUCAUUCUUGAAUAAUGACRUUGAGUAGGUUAGUGCUGUCCUUCAAACUGUAGAUGCUCUUCCUGUUAUUUUGUGGAUGUGCAGAUGUCUGCUUAGUGGGCAGAGGAUGAGAAGGGAAAUUGUAGGAAGGGCAACAAGAAGGGUGAUGGAGUGCCUCUUUUAUUGUAACCCCUUCUGUACUGGAGAAGGAAGAUGCUACAAAAAAUCCCAGUAUGUGUGCCUAGAUACUGAAAUUAUGUCAAGUGGAUAAGAACUUUGCUUUGUUGUCUUGAGGAACAGUUUGUAACCAGAACUUUUCAGUAAAGCAGAAGUUAAGGGUGCUACAUUUGUUCAGAAAUGUAUUUUAACAGUCUGUUAGGAGACURUCAAAGGCAGAUGAACUUCCAUACUCAUUGUGAUACUUCAUUUCUGUGUCUUUGUUUCCUGUAUUCUGUUCCAGUCUGUGUUUUGUGAUUGAGGUGUCCUCUUUUUGUACCAUCAAAUAUGGGAAAAAUACAGCCAUGGUUCUUAAGACAUAAAGCACAUAAGACAUAAAGGGGACACUUGCUAUACAGAAGGUAAAACAAGAUUAUCUUAGGCUAUUAACUUUUACCCAGUACAAGGCUUGAACUCAGCACAGAGAACAUGGUGUCUUAAUCAUACCAAAGCAUCUCUUUUUAAAGAAAGUGAAUAGUGCCACAGGCACAUGCAGGGAGACUCAACUGUCUGGAGACCUAAGUGUGGCUGGCCCUCAGUCCCAUGACAUAUAAUACAGACUUACUUUGUGGAGAUUGAAGGAACCUUCAACAUCAACUUCAAUGUGGGUAGAGUGCCUUCCCCACUGCAAACAUAGCUGUCACUGUGAGUCCAGUGAGUUGAAAAGAUGUGCACACUGGCCUACUAUGUAAAGAAAAUUCUUGUACCAACUUAAAGAUUUGGUAAAACUGGAAAAUGGGCUGGUACAGCCUGUUAUAUCAGAGAAAGAUGCAAAAUGUAUGUACUUGCAGACAAUAAUCAGGAAGUAUUGCUGAGGCCUGGGUGUUAUGACCUAAAGUAUUCAAUGUCCUAAAGCAGAGAUGCCAGUAUUAUAAGGAUGAUCAGGAUUUUGCAGAUCUUCUCUCUUUUCCUUUCCUGAAGGAAAUGGGAUGAACAGCAUGAAAUGGGCUGUACUGUGUCAGCCCAAAGGUCUGCCUGUCUUGGUAGUCUAUUUCUUACAGUGACUAGGUUUGGAGACCUGUGUUUGCUGUAAGGAUGAAGCAGUAACACAGUSAUACUUCACUUUAAUGUUCUCUUAGCCCAAUGUCCUUUCUCAAAAAAAUGUACAAACUUUUUUCAAGGCUGGAGAAAACUUUUUUGAACCUUUGGCUAUAGUAUUUAUCCUGCAACUGGUUUUAAUUAUAUUUUUACAAGGACAUGUCCUGAUGUCUGAGAACAUUAAGUAAGGGUUAGCAUAUCUUUGUUUGUAAUCAGUUUUCUUAUUAAUUACCCUCUUUAUAGAUAACUUACAUAUUCUUGGAUUUUUUCCCUAAUAUCAGCAUCCUGACAUUGCUUCUUACUAUGCUUUUUUUUUUUUUUCCCAGAAAGGCUGAAAACUCUUGUUCUUUCUUUUCAAUGAGGCUUUUUUGACAUGUAUACCUAUGCCCAGUCAACAAGUCCUAUGUAAUCCACUGACCCAUACAAGUAAUUUUUCAUCAGUUUCAUACUGUAAAACUUGUCAUUUAACCUAUAAUUGUGCUUCUGCAUGAAAAUCCCCAGUAUUCCAUAUCCAUAUGCAUUCAGUUCUAGUGUCUACACUGAAAGUAUUCUUCAGAGUUACAGAGUAACUGUAAGAGUCACUUAYGGUACUCCUUGUAGAGUGUUCUUAUAUUGCUAUUCAGGCUUCAUAUACUCAUAUAUCCAAAUAUGCUGCUAGCCUUUACUUCCCAAAUGCUGCUGUAACACUACCAUAGGAGAUGAUAUUCAGGCAGUUGAGUCUGAACGUAAAGCCCUUACCACUGCUUUCCAAUGUACAAGRUCCUAGAAAGUAAGAUUUUUUUAAUUCCAAAAUUUAUUGCAUUUUAUUUAGCAGUAUUAUAGCGAACUUUGUACUGAUCAUAUUUAUAAUUUGCAAUACUUAAGAGCUCAGUCUGUUCAAUUUUAUCAGAAGAGGAUCAGAGAUGUCAUGCCUUAAAGGGUAGAAAACCCUUUAUGGAAUUGGAAAUACUAAGUAAUAAACCAGCUUUUGUCUUGCAGAUGGGCAUAAAAACAAACAUGGAGCUAAAGCUUAGGUUGCCUACAUUGGUGCAUGUGAGAUUUCAUUGCUAGAGGCAUUUCUAAGAGGGCCGUGAUCUGAGACUGGUCUGACCUGACCAGAGCCCUUAGGUACUGCUGAAGUCCUUAAAUUUUCCCUCAAGAUUUGACAAUACCAGACAGUGAGCCAAAGCUACCAUCAGUUGCAUUUUAGCUUUCUCCUUCUGUCAAAGAGGGCUCUGCUAGAGACAGCUCACAAACAGGUCUACUCAAAGUCUGUGAAGAGCUGCAUUUCCUAAAUAUUUUAUGAGGCUGUAAGAUUUACCUGUUUGAUAGGGAUUGGACUCUGAGUUCUUGGGACUCUUAUUUUAAGGGUAACAUGUAAAUAAGGAAGAUUCCUGCUUGUAUUCCUCUGUCUUGAAUAAGAUGUGUAUUCUCUGAAUGAGGCUCUUGCAGAAUCUCUGUUCUGAUUAUAGAAACUGGAAAUAAAUCAAUAUAUGAAAGAACUGUUUUAUCUGAUAUAAAGUGAACUGAGUUGAGAGUGGGGGAAAAGAGGUUUYGCUGACAUCUGCCUAGAUUUACAGUAUUGGGCUGUCCAUUAAUCUGCAUGCUUCCUUGACCGUUUCCGUAAGUAUAAAGUAUAAACUGUAAUCUGAAGGUCUAUAGGGAGUUACGGUGUUUUUCUUCCUUUGAAUUGCAAACUUGAGUGAAGGAUUUGAGGUAAUUUAUCAUGUCCAUUCUUUGGAGUUUUUUUGUAAUGAUUUUGUUUCCCAGUUUGUCAGGACAUUGUCUCUAGACAAGUGCAAUGCUCCCUGUUCAGAAUUUGAAACAAUUCCAGAGUUUCUUAAGCAGCCUUUCAUUUCUAAGUCRCUGCGUCAGAUCUGCCCAGUCCCAAAUGGGAUGUCAUUUAAAUGAGCAGGUGAGUUUCAACUGAUAGUUUAAUGGAUAUCUAUUCAUUUUGCUAAYGCUAAAAUCCUUUUAAGGUAGAUUGGCAUCCUUCUUUUUUACCAUGAUAAUAGUUACUUCAAAGAUCAAAUGAGCAGAGGACUUUGAAUUUUMUUUUGCCUGUACUUGUGUCCCAGUAUUAAUAGCUAUGCGUAUUUGUGGAAGGAACAACACAGGAAUUGCUUUACCUUAACUGUUCCAAUGAAUAAAUUGUAAAAAAUUAGAUCCCAAGUGGACUGAAUAUUUUUAAACAAAAAGAUCAAGAUCCUUUGGAAAUGGCUUCAAGUUUUUAACACUAUAUUGGGGGUACAGAAUUUUCCAAUUUUUAAAAGGGGUUAUUUUCAUCUCUCUUCUACAAGCUGCGCUUGUGAGAAUUGGGAAGGGUUCCCAGUGAAAUAUGCUGAUUUUUGUUAGGUACUAGGCGUUGGAACAAGAAACAAUAGAUUGUCUUAUGGKAAGGGCUCAGAUUUGGCAAACUAUUGGUGAUGUCAAAAAUUUCAGAUAGCUAAAAAAUAUUACURGCUGGUUCAGUCUUACACCUACUUGCAAUUUUUGAGUUUUUUGAAUAAUGGAGUAUUUAAUUUGUAAAGGUGAAUAGUUCUUGUUUACAUGUCCUUAAUUUUACAUCCCAGGGCCGAGAAUUUUCUCAGUUCAAUUUGAAUAACUGGUGAUAAGUUUGGUAACAGGGCUGACUGUGACAGCAUUUAUCAAUUAUGCAGUUUUUCAAACCUGCUUCAUGCUUUUCCAGUCCAUGAAAUGCAACUGAAACUAUAGAUCAAUAAAAGUAGACUUGCUACACAUUGAUGGAGAAUUUCUUCCAUCUAAAUAAAAUGGUAUUUCAAAUCUAGGGUACAAAUUUUGUUCUCUACUGGCAUAGAGCAAUUUUCUAGUAAGAACAGAUACUUAGUAAUAGKUUUUUUAAUGAAACAUAGAGUUUCAAAACUAUAUUAAUUUUGGUAAACUACAUUAAUUUUGUUUAUUUUUAGUGGGAGAGUGACAGGGAGGUGUCUGACCAUGAGAAURUGAGCAGAUCUUAGGAGUUGCUGCAACAGGGCAUAUGUAGCACACAGGUUGUGCAAAACACGUUUUUAAAAUUUGGAGAAUUGUACCCAAAGACUGGAGAAAUCUUCUGAGAAAGAUCAUAGCCCACUGACUGCCUGCAGGUGCAGUGGUGGCAGACCAGUGUUUCUGAUAGACUAAUGCCAGCACGGACACUGAUAUUUUCCUACUAAUUUUGACACCAGCUUCCUGAGAGGUUCACCAGUGUUGCCUUAGGGCUCUUCUUCAUCCUGCUUCACAAAAUAAUUUSCAAGUGCUUGGACUCAGCCAGCUCACCUCCAUGGGGAAACACAUGCUCCCAUUUUGAGCCAGAGACUCCUACUGCUGAGUGCUCAGAGCUUCUGCACAUCCAGCCUCAAUUACUGAUGAGGUGAGGAGUGCUGUCCUUGUUUCUGAAGUCUCUCUCUGGCUUCUCAGCUAAGAGAGAGGUUGCAGCAGGCAGGCAUUUCUCCAGGGCUGGUGGUCAGUUGCUUUUACCAUGAGAAUGUUGCCCUGACAGCCUCCUGCUUUGUCCUUUCUGUCAUUGGGUCUGACUCAUUUGCUGCUAAUCUCCUUCAGUUCUUGCCUCUUGCUUCUCUAGAGAUGUGCAUUCUGUGCUCUGUAAAAACUUACUCUCAAAGAAAAUAAUAAACCCUGUAACAGUUUGAUUUAGCAUUACUGUAAAGUGUAUGCACCAAGGGAUGGCAAGUAAGGGAUUUCUUUCCUUUGGAGUAUUUAUAUCUGUAACCAGAUAUAUAGGUAUAUCUGUGUAUGUAUAUAUAUAUAUAUAUAUAUUUGAGCUAGGACUUUUUGGUAUGUAUUCACUUUGUAUUGGAGUUUCUUUAUAAAGGUACUUUAAUUUCCCUAAA